AUGCACCCGUCAGUUGUUGUUGCAAACAAUGAACGUGCAAAUUAUGCAUAUGACCUUGUAAGUAACUAAUUAUGUGCUUAAUAUUCAGGGUAUAUAAAAAGGUAAAAUGUAAUCCAACUUAAGCGUGACACACCGCGAUAAUUACUCAGCGAGUCGGACGGAUAAUGUGUCAUUCAAUAGCUAUAUAACCCCGAUCUUUAUUCCCAUGUAAAAAUUUCGUUCAUACUGUUGUGCGUAUCUCGUAAAAAUAUCCACAACUACUCACAAUUUAGUUUUAAAUGCUUUAUAUUAUACGAAAAAAUAAAACAAAUCUCGCCUCCCAGUUUAUUGUAAUGAUUAUUAGUAAUGGUAAUUGCACUGAGUUAAGAACAAUUUGGACUGAAAUCAAACACGUGAUAAUAAAGCUGCACAAUUGUAGUCUUGUUAUUCGAAGUUAAUUGCAACGGCGUUAUGGUCUCUGGGUACGAGAUUGAUAAGACAGCUGCAGAGGAAUUAAAAGCGAGAUUAUCGAUUCGAGCUUAUUUGGGGUGCUUUAGUUUCGUUUCAUUGUUUACAUUUCAAUAUGACGAGAUGCGCACCAUCUCACGAUUUUUACGACAUCAGUCAACCGAUUUGUUAAUAUAAUGUUAUCAAUUUUCCCAAGCCUGAUGGUCAACAUGAUCUUACGAAAACUGCGAGUAUUCAACAUUUUGCAUUUGUAAGAUAAAUAUUUUUAAAAAUGGAAAAAUAAAUUGUUCAACAACAAAAAAAAAGUUUUCUAAAUUUUUAAUUCUGAUUGCUUGUUUUUCUUGAAUUCUUGUUUGUGUGACUGGUUGGUCGAGGGAGAUCGAGUGAAUAAUUAAAGCUCUUAAGUUUGCUAAUGUGAGCAAAUCACUACUCGCACUAUUUUUAGCCAAUCAGAUUGCAGAAAACACCAAUGAUUUCAAAAUGAAUAUAAUAAAAUAUUAAACAUUGCCCGAAAUCUUGGGUGUAGAUGUAGUAAAUAAAUUCUAUUUAUAGGAUAGCAACGAAGUGGAAGAUGAAAAUGAACAACCGCAUAAUCCGAGUAGUGAAAAUCUGGGUAAUUAAUAUGUGAUACUGAUACAUAAUCAUUUUAAACAUAAUCACAACGACAGAACAUGUGCGCUUUUAUUUGACGUCAUUUUCACUUUAGAAACCGAUGCGGAGUCGAAAAAUGAAAACAGUUGAAUGGUUAGCUCCCUCCAUAACGUCGUGUUCAUACUGGUAAAUUAUCAAUUAAACAUUGCCCGAAAUCUUGGGUGUAGAUAACUAGAUAUGUAAUAAAUAAAUUCUAUUUACAGGAUAGCAACGAAGUGGAAGAUGAAAAUGAACAACUGCAUAAUUCGAGUAGUGAAAACCUGGGUAAUUAAUAUGUGAUACUGAUAAAUAAUCAUUUUAAACAUAAUCACAACGACAGAACAUGUGUGCUUUUAUUUGACGUCAUUUUCACUUUAGAAACAGAUGCGGAGUCGAAAAAUGAAAACAGUCGAAUGGUUAGCUCCCUCCAUAACGUCGUGUUCAUACUGGUAAAUUAUCAAUUAAACAUUGCCUGAAAUCUUGGGUGUAGAUAACUAGAUAUGUAAUAAAUAGAUUCUAUAUACAGGAUAUCAACGAAGUGGAAGAUGAAAAUGAACAACCGCAUAAUUCGAGUAGUGAAAACCUGGGUAAUUAAUAUGUGAUACUGAUACAUAAUCAUUUUAAACAUAAUAACAACGACAGAACACAUGCGCUUUUAUUUGACGUCAUUUUCACUUUAGAAAUCGAUGCAGAGUCGAAAAAUGAAAACAGUCGAAUGGUUAGCUCCCUCCAUAACAUCGUGUUCAUACUGAACAACCGCAUAAUUUGAGUAGUGAAAACCUGGGUAAUUAAUAUGUGAUACUGAUACAUAAUCAUUUUAAACAUAACAACAACGACAGAACAUGUGCGCUUUUAUUUGACGUCAUUUUCACUUUAGAAAUCGAUGCGGAGUCGAAAAAUCCCAGCAGUCAAAUGGUUAGCUCCCUCCAUAACGUGUUCAUACUAGUAAAUUAUCAAUUAAACAUUGCCCGAAAUCUUGGGUGUAGAUAACUAGAUAUGUAAUAAAUAAAUUCUAUUUACAGGAUAGCAACGAAGUGGAAGAUGAAAAUGAACAACCGCAUAAUUCGAGUAGUGAAAACCUGGGUAAUUAAUAUGUGAUACUGAUAAAUAAUCAUUUUAAACAUAAUCACAAUGACAGAACACGUGCGCUUUUAUUUGACGUCAUUUUCACUUUAGAAACCGUCAUAGAUUAACAUGGCAUUUACGUUUUGGAAGUGACGUCAUAUCGGGAAUUGCAAGUUAGUUACAUGUUGUUUGCCACAAAUAUUAACAAUAUGAUGUUAUGUCCAAAACUUUAAUGGCAAAUUAAUCCAUGAAGAUGAGGUUUUUAACUGAAGGUGAGUUACGGUUUUGUCUUGUGUUGUUCAAAUAUUACGAAAAUGUAAAUCCCUUACAAUGACAUAGGCACCUUCAACUUAAUUCGUCUUAAUUCAGAGAUUAUCAUCAAGUCGUUAUGAUUGCUAUGCCAACCAAAUAACAAUUCAAAUGUUAUAUUUUUAUAUUACUGUAUACUGAUAUUCAUAUUAAAGUACUGUUAUUGUACAACAGAAAUAUGGAACGAAAGAAUGGAUGAAGCGGAUGUGCUCGUCAGUGGUGGGAGUGAAGUCUCUUCUGAUUUGGUAAGUGAAGUUUUUUUACGUUCUGGUUAGUAACGAACGUGAGUGACAGGGUAUUUUUUUCUAUUGAAAUAUAGAAUGAAAAAAAACGUCGUGAAAACAACAGGAAACACAAUGCUGGAAAUGACUCGUUAAGGUACUUAAGGUGUUUUACAUGGGUACAAAAAAUUAUUCUUUUUGAACCAUCCCAAUGUUGAAUUAUUGAAAGUGAGAAUUUUAUUUAUUAUCUUGUAGCGGCAAUUCAGUUGUUGAGACGUCUAAACGUUUUAAACCCUCUGGUGAACCAUACAAGGACGAUGCCAUGACUCCAGUUUUCUCGUGGCAAAACAAAGCAUACACAAGUGAACAACUUGUUCAGAUUCUAUUGGGAAACUACGAUCUCUGCGCUGGAUACGAAAAAAGAUCUCUGCGCUGGAUACGAAACAGCCUAUAA